AUCCUCAGCGAAGGGGACAUUGAUAGUGCAGUCAAGACGAUGGUGGCGAGGAUCACUGGUCUUAUUGAUAAGUGGAUGCAGAACGGAUCCAACUGGACCGUUUCUCGAGUGAGACAGCUGGAUGUGUCGACAGCAAAGUACACUCCUCUUCGAGGUGGUGCAGCUGCUAUCCCGCCGAAAUUAGAAAAAAAGAAGGCCAUCAUUAACGUAAAGAACAACGAUGACAGGUGUUUGAUGUGGGCGUUGUUGUCAGCGCUGCACCCCGUCGAACAGAAUGCUGAGCGUGCAUCCAAGUACACCCAGUAUGUUGAUGAGCUGCGGUUCGAUGGUGUGAUGUUCCCUGCAACGCUCCGUGAUGUACCCAAAGUGGAGUUACAGAAUGGUCUUGCAAUCAAUGUGUUUGGCUACGAGGGGAAUCUGUACCCACUCUAUCUCAGCGAGCGACAGGAGACUCCAAUCAACCUCCUUCUUCAUGACAACCACUUCACAUGGAUAAAAAACUUCAGUCGUGCAUGUGAGAAUAAGAACAAGCGGGCAACACACUACUGCUUGCGAUGCCUCUCCGCACACAAAACAGCAGACUCCCUGCAGCAUCACAGCGAGAGAUGUCAGGUGAUGAAGCCCGUGCCAGUCGUCAUGCCCACAGCAAAGGACAGAAUCCUCAAAUAUACAAAUUUGAAGCACAGGAUGGUGGCUCCAUACAUCAUUUACGCUGAUACGGAGGCCAUCAUUGAGCCGAUGGAGGAACAGCAUGGCAGCAGCACUGUACGCACAGCCCGUCAUGUACCAUGCAGCAUCAGAUAUGCUGCCAUCCGAUCCAACGGUGAAGUCCGUGGCGAGUUUGACGACUGCAGUGAGAAUGCCAUUCACAACUUUUUCGACAGUCUCAAAGAGUUGGAAGGCAGUAUCCAGGAGGAUUUGGCUGAUAUCAAGCCAAUUCGCAUGACGGCAGAACUGGAGCUUGAGUUUCAGAACGCAGUCAACUGCUGGAUAUGUGAUGAAGUACUUGGAGAAGAUCGUGUUCGUGAUCAUGAUCAUCUCACUGGCAACUACCGCGGUGCUGCACACUACCAGUGUAAUAUUCAGCUAAGUAUCUACCCAGAUCGCCAGAUCAUUCCGGUUGUGUUUCACAACCUGAAAGGGUACGAUGCUCACCACCUCAUCGCCCACAUUGGUAUGACCGAGGUUGAAGAGGUGGAGUACGAGGACUCUAACCAGCGUAAGCGGAUUAAGAAGGUUGGUGAGAUCAGUGUCAUCGCCAACAACAUGGAGAAAUAUAUUUCAUUCAAGUGGCGUCAGUACCGCUUCAUCGACUCCAUGGCAUUCUUGAACUCCUCUCUUGACUCGUUGGUGAGCAACACCCCGGAAGAUGCGCUCAAGCUUACUCGUACAUUGGCCCAUCAUGACCUUCUCCUGCGUAAGGGUGUCUACCCCUACGAGUACAUGGACUCCUUUGCUCGGUUUGAUGAGACACAGCUGCCACCUAAAUCAGCAUUUGAGUCUAGUUUGACUGGAGAAGGUAUCAGUGAUGCCGACUAUGCCCAUGCUCAGAACGUAUGGCAGACAUUUGAGUGCAGUACAAUGGAGACCUAUCAUGACCUCUAUUUGCAAACAGAUGUCUAUCUUCUAGCAGAUGUCUUUGAGCAUUUCCGCAAGACGGCAUACAAGACGUAUGGGUUGGAUCCAGCCCAUUACCUUACUCUCCCAGGAUAUGCAUGGGAUGCUCUACUACGGUUCACCCAGAUUGAACUGCAGCUGCUCACGGAUGUAGACAUGCAUCUGUUUGUCGAAGCCGGUCUACGUGGGGGCAUCUCAAUGGCGUCGCAGCGGUACGGCAAGGCCAACAACCCAACGAUGGAUCAGUACAAUUCUGCCGAGCCCACAUCAUACUUGCUAUACCUUGAUGCCAACAACCUGUAUGGCUGGGCUAUGUGCCAGAGUAUGCCGACAUCCGAGUUUGCCUGGUGUGACAAGAACCUGUCCGAGAUACUGGCACACCCUGUAGAUUCGAGCACUGGGUUCAUUGUGGAGUGUGAUCUUGAGGUACCCUCUUCGCUGCACCACUACUUCAAUGAUUAUCCACUCGCACCGGAAGUGAUGAGAACAUUCUCAGAUAAGCUAUCACCAUACCAACAAGCACUUGUGGAGGAGCUCAAAGUGUCAGCCGUAGAUGGAGUCAAGUUGACACCCAGUCUCCUACCCAAGUCCAAGUAUGUGUUACACUACCGUACACAGCAGCUGUAUUCGCGUCUGGGCAUGGUGGUGACCGCUGUUCACAAGGUGUUGGGAUUUCAGCAGAGUGCCUGGAUGGCUCCCUACAUCAAUCUGAACACUGCACUUCGCACGAGGGCUACAACCGACUUUGAGAAGAGCUUUUACAAGCUGAUGAACAACUCAGUCUUUGGCAAGACGAUGGAGAACGUUCGUAAUCGAAUACGCAUCGAUCUCUUGCGAGAAGAAAGUGAGGAGCAGGUACUGAGGGCAGUGAGCAAGCCUACAUAUGUGCGGCACGACAUUUUCCCGAACGGGCUUGUCGGAAUAGAAAAGCAGCACACUGAGAUCAAGCUCAACAAGCCGGUCUAUGUGGGUAUGUCGAUACUAGACCUGUCAAAGGUACACAUGUACUCCUUCUACUACGAUGUGCUGAAGGAGCAGUAUGGUAGCAGAAUCCGGCUGUUGUACACCGACACCGACUCUGUUAUUGUGCACAUCACCACCGGUGAUGUUUAUGCAGAGAUGGAUCUGUCUCUGUAUGACACCAGCAACUUUCCCACUGACCAUCCUCAGUACACUUCUGCCAAUAAGAAAGUGGUUGGCAAAUUCAAAGAUGAGCUUGGUGGGAAAUCCAUGGUGGAGUUUGUAGGUCUAAGAUCGAAGAUGUACUCCUACAUCGGACAGGAAUCGGCCAAACGGGCCAAGGGUGUGCGAAAGGCAGUCCUGGCAAAUACCAUCACCCACAAGAACUAUGUAGAUGCACUGCUCAGUCAUCGUGUGUCUUCCAGGCCUAUGACGGGUCUCCGAUCACAUUGCCACACAGUGUAUGAGGAGGUAACCACCAAGGUGGCAUUGUCUCCAUUCGACUGCAAGCGGUACAUACUGGAUGAUGGCAUGGCCACACUUGCAUAUGGUCACAAGGACAUUUAA